CCCGGAAGUAUGGCAGGGCGGGUCCAGGUUCUCGCUUUCCUCCACUGUCUGACCGGCGGUUCGGGUCAACAGGACCGGGAUCGCACUGUAAGACACGCGCACACACGCACAUACAGAGGGAGAGCUGAGCUGAGCUGUAAACACAAUUGCCAAGGUGCAGCGACAUACGACGUUCUCUGUCACACUCGACUCGGACCGCCGGCGAUAUCCGACGCGAACCCGCCCGCUUCACUCUGUUAACCGCGAUUUAAACCGUCACCGUCCGCACUGACCACUUCCAAGAUGGACCUUCAGGAGAGGUAUGAAGCCAGUAUGGUCCUCAGCGGGGUUGGUGAUGCCCUGGGUUAUAACAACGGCAAGUGGGAGUUUUGCAGAAGUGGAGAGCAGAUCCACGAGGAAGUGGCCUGCAAGGGCGGCCUAGAAAAGCUGGAUGUGGCGGAGUUUCGUGUGAGCGAUGACACGGUUAUGCACAUAGCGACGGCAGAGGCACUAGUGGAGGAUCCUGAAGAGUCGCUCUCUGAGUUGUAUAGCCGGAUAGCACAGAAGUACAUCGACUGCAUGGAGGACAUGACCGACCGAGCUCCAGGAAUGGCCUGUGUCCACAGCGUGAGGUUGCUGAAGCCAAAAGUCAAGAAUGGCUGGAUGAUCCCAUUCAGUCAGACAGCUGGGGGCUGCGGGGCGGCCAUGAGGGCCAUGUGUGUGGGCCUGAGGUUCCCCUACCCUAACCAGGAGGCUGCCCUCGUGGCCGUGAGCGUGGAGAGUGGACGGAUGACCCACCACCACCCUACAGGUUACCUGGGCGCACUGACGAGUGCACUCUUCACUGCGUACGCUGUGAGGGGGACACCGCUGGUGGAGUGGGGCCGAGGCCUGCUGGACACCUUGGUGACGGCCAAGGAAUACGUGAGGCAGUCGGGGCACUGUGUGGAAGACAACCUGAAACACUGGGGGUAUUUUGAGAAGAUGUGGAAAGACUACCUAAAUGAUAGGGGCAUCCUGGAUGGCAAAUCUGAGGCCUGCUUCCCCAAGAAUUAUGACGUGAAGGAGAGGGACAGGUUCUACAAGUCAGUGAGCUACAGCGGAUGGGGAGGCAGCAGUGGGCACGAUGCCCCAAUGAUUGCCUACGACGGGCUGCUGUGGGCAGGAAACUCCUGGAGCAGGUUGGCCCAGCACUCCUUCUUCCAUGGUGGAGACAGCGACUCCACGGCAGCCAUCGCCGCCGCCUGGUGGGGCGCUAUCUACGGCUACACUGGGGUACCUGCGAUCAACCACCAGAAGCUCGAGUACCGCAAGAGACUGGUCAAACUGGGACAGAGGCUCUUCGAGCUGAGGAAGAAGCCCCUCCAAAGUCAGUGAUGUGUGGGGUGUCCAGGUGUGUCCCGAGUUGCUUUUACCAUGUUUACACUGUACUUCUGUAGUGUGACAUGAGCGCCUUAAUAAACUAUCUUGUAACAUAACAUUAAUGUACAAGCGGUAGCUUGUGGAUCAUGAAUGUACCACUGCUGAAUAUGUACCUGCCACCUGUAAUAGCCUGCGUGUGUCAUAAUACAGGACACUCUCCUAGGGAGGGGUGAGCAGCCACUAGGACUCAGACCCUCCAGAAGUUUAUUUUUCUUUUUCCCGGAUGUGGGAGUUUUGUUUUCUUCCUCUUCUCAGUUGCCACAUGCCUUAUUUCAGCUGUACUGGUAAGAAAAGCAAUGAGGGCAAUUUGUAUACAUACAGUUAAAGUACAAAGCAAUGUUACAUUUUUCAUUUAGUGUUUAACUGUAUCAGGUUGACUUUUGUGUUAAUUGUAACAAUCUCAUCCUCAUUUGUUCUGAGUUCAUCUGUCUUGUAAUCUUGUGGGAACUUUUCAGCACACCGGAGAAAGGUUUCAGCUGAAUAAAGAAUAGUAAU